AUGGAUGUCUCGCUUUUGAGCGGCGCGAGGCGGGACGGUCGGAUGGGAUGGAGGGAGAAGGGACUCGGCUCGGCUGACAGACGACGCGAGCGAAAGCACGAGCUAGGCGGCCUUCCGAGCGUCGACGGGUCCAUGCCAGAGGGAUACGGCACCUUCGGUAGAACCCCACCAUCAUCUCGCACCACCGACCAGCGAGGUGAGCAGCGGAUCAGCAUGCGGUCUCGCCUUUCACGCCUUCGGCUCAGGGCUCGACGUUUGCUUGUGUCUCGCCGCCGCCACCAUCAUGGUCCUCGCGAUACGCUCGACGUGAUCAUGAUCGUAAAGGUACCUAAACACGGCGCUGGCCGCUUCGCACUGUACGGUGUCACCGCCUCGAUGGCCUCCAUCAAGCGGCCCUUAGCCUGCAUCGUGAGUGGGUAG